AUACCAAGACAACAUACUUUUAUUACAAGAUAUAUUUCAGAAACCAUUCUCAUCAUACACUAUUCUUUCUUUUAGCAAAUAGCAAGUAUGACACACACCAUGUCCAUUUCAAUAACACAUCACAAGCCAAAAUUAGUAAUUCCAGCAAUAGAAACACCUCGCGAGACUAAAUAUCUUUCUGAAAUAGAUGAUCAAGGAAGUACUCGUUUCCAAAUUCCCAUAAUAAUGUUUUAUAAAUAUAAUUCUUCAAUGAAAGAAAAAGAUCCUGCAAAAUGUAUCAAAGAUGGAUUGUCUAAAACACUAGUGUUUUACUAUCCAUUAGCUGGUAGGCUCGUUGAAGGGCCUAAUAGGAAGCUUAUGGUGAAUUGCAAUGGUGAAGGGGUCUUGUUUGUUGAAGCUGAUGCUAAUGUGGAACUUGAAAAGUUAGGUGACUCCAUUAAGCCACCAUGUCCAUACUUGGAUUUACUACUACACAAUGUUCCUGAUUCUGAUGGGAUAAUUGGUUGCCCUCUUUUGUUAGUUCAGGUGACCCGUUUUAGUUGUGGGGGAUUUGCUGUUGGAUUGAGACUUAAUCACACUAUGAUGGAUGCUUAUGGACUCAAAAUGUUUCUAAAUGCAUUAAGUGAAUUAAUUCAAGGAGCUUCUGCACCUUCCAUACUACCUGUAUGGCAAAGGGAUCUUCUAAGUGCAAGAUCAUCCCCAUGCAUUACAUGUACUCACCAUGAGUUUGAUGAGCAAAUUGAAUCAAGAAUUGCAUGGGAAUUUAUGGAAGAUAAGUUGACACAACAAUCAUUUUUCUUUGGAAAUAAGGAGAUGGAAGCUAUUAAAAAUCAAGUUUCUUCAAAUUGUAGAAGUACAAAAUUCGAGUUAUUAGUGGCGUUUUUAUGGAAAUGUCGUACCAUUGCACUUAGUUUGCAGCCCGAAGAAAUUGUUCAUUUAACGUACCUUAUUAACAUACGUGGAAAGUCACUAAAAUUGAAAUUGCCAUCUGGAUAUUAUGGAAAUGCUUUCAUUACACCAGCUGCAGUAUCAAAAGCGGGAUUGUUAUGUUCAAAUCCACUGUCAUUUGCAGUUGAACUAAUCAAGAAACUUAAAGAUCAUGCGAAUGAAGAAUACAUUAAAUCAAUAACAGACUUAGUAGCUAUUAAAGGGAGACCACAGUUGACAAAAUCUUGGAAUUUUCUAGUCUCGGAUAACAGAUCUGUUGGAUUUGAUGAAUUUGAUUUUGGAUGGGGAAAGCCCAUUUUUGGAGGGGUUCCAAAAGCUAUAUCUUUCAUGAGUUUUGGUGUACCUGUUAAAAAUAGGAAUGAAAGGGGUAUUUUAGUAGCUAUAAGUUUGCCUCCAGUGGCCAUGAAAAAAUUUCAAGAUGUUGUCAACAAGAUGACCUUCAAAGAUAUGAAAGAACUCCACAUAAUUUCAAGGAUUUAAGGCUUUUUCUGCCUUUCCACCUCAUCGAUGCUGUUUUGGGAGUGAUUAAAUCAAAAUUGGUUGUUGUGUGUCGUCACCUCCCACCAAUCCAAAACAUUCGAUUAAGCUUCUCACUGCAAAGCUAUAGUUAAGGUACUUGGGGUCUUGUACUAUACAUCCCAUCAUUUUCCUAUUAAGUACUUAUCCAUUUUAUGGUAUCUAUAAGUUAAACCAUGUAUCUAUUUCAAUUUAUAUGACGGUGUUGAAAAAAUAAAGAGCUACUUGUUUCUCUUCAA